CGACUUCCGGCGGAAGCGCCGGGGGCAGUGCGACGUGUGCGCGGAGCCGGCGCCGCCGCCGCCAUGCUCGACUUCUUCACCAUCUUCAGCAAGGGCGGCCUCGUCCUCUGGUGCUUCCAGGGCGUCCGCGGGCCUGCCGCCGCCGCCACCGCGCCCGUCAACGCCCUCAUCCGCUCCGUCCUGCUCCAGGAGCGAGGCGGCAACAACUCCUUCACCCAUGAGGCCCUCACGCUUAAGUACAAGCUGGACAACCAGUUUGAGCUGGUGUUUGUGGUAGGCUUCCAGAAGAUCCUGACCCUGACCUACGUGGACAAGUUGAUAGACGACGUCCACAAGGAGUUCCGGGACAAGUACCGCAACGAGUUCCAGCAGAGGGGCGCCCUGGGGCUGCUCAAUGGCACCUUCGACUUCAGAGAGGACUUCCUGCGCCUCCUCCGGGAGGCAGAGGAGAGCAGCAGGGUUCGGGCUCCCACGGUGAUGAAGACGUUUGAGCAGUCUCUCAAGUCCCAGAAGACUGUCAAGUGUAUGAUAGAGACCCGAGGGGAGAAACCAAAGGAGAAAGGCAAGAACAAGAAGAACAAAGGUCCCAAGAAGGAGGGGCCCGAAGCUGUGGCAGCCCCUGGGAAAGCGUCGGCAGGUGAGAAGCAGCCCUCUGCAGCUGGGGACAGGGAGGAGCUGACCAAGGAUGAAAUCCUGCAGAAGAACCGGGAGGAGUUCUUCAGGAGACACAAGAAGGCUGGGGAGAAGUCCAGCAAAUCUCCCAAGGCCGAGGCGCAGAAGGAGAAGGGGAAGAAGCCACGGGUGUGGGACCUGGGCCCCUCCAACGCCAAGGUGCUGGAUUACAGCAACUCUGCCACCAACGGCAGCGCCGAGCCCGCGCCGCCCGACGAGUUCGACCGCGACACGGCUCUGGGGGAUCGAAAUCGGGAGCCUGGCCGCCUGUACGACCUUGAGUACGAGAGCGAUGACGAAGCUGAAGAGGAGAAGGUCACUCAGAACCCUUCCAAACCCAGCGCCAAGAAGGGCGGUGCCCUGGGGGGCAUGUUUGGCAUGCUGAGAGGCCUGGUGGGCUCCAAGAGCUUGACUAGAGAGGACAUGGACCCCGUUCUGGAGAAGAUGAAGGAUCACCUGAUUGCCAAAAACGUGGCAGCCGAGAUCGCGGUGCAGCUGUGCGAGUCGGUGGCCAAGAAGCUGGAAGGGAAGGUGAUGGGAACCUUCACCACCGUGACCUCGACGGUGAAGCAGGCCCUGCAGGAGGCCCUGGUGCAGAUCCUGCAGCCGCAGCGCCGCGUGGACGUCCUGCGCGAUGUGCUGGAGGCGCAGCGGCACCGCCGCCCCUACGUGGUCACCUUCUGCGGCGUCAACGGCGUCGGCAAGUCCACCAACCUGGCCAAGAUCUCCUUCUGGCUGAUCGAGAACGGCUUCAGUGUGCUGAUCGCCGCCUGCGACACCUUCCGCGCCGGGGCGGUGGAGCAGCUGCGCACCCACACGCGGCGCCUCAACGCCCUGCACCCGCCGGAGCGCCACGGCGGCAGGAGCAUGGUGCAGCUCUACGAGAAGGGCUACGGCAAGGACGCCGCCGGCAUCGCCAUGGAGGCCAUCUCCUACGCUCGCAACCAGGGCUUCGACGUGGUGCUGGUGGACACGGCCGGGCGCAUGCAGGACAACGCCCCCCUGAUGACGGCGCUGGCCAAGCUCAUCGCUGUCAACGCUCCCGACCUGGUCCUCUUCGUUGGGGAGGCGCUGGUGGGGAACGAGGCUGUGGAUCAGCUGGUUAAGUUCAACAAGGCUCUGGCUGACCACUCCAUGGCGCAGACCCCGCGGCUCAUCGAUGGCAUCGUCCUCACCAAGUUCGACACCAUCGACGACAAGGUGGGCGCUGCCAUCUCCAUGACCUACAUCACGAGCAAGCCGAUCGUCUUCGUGGGCACCGGGCAGACCUACUGCGACCUGCGCAGCCUCAACGCCAAGGCUGUGGUGGCAGCGCUCAUGAAGGCCUAGGGCAAGCCCCAGCCCCUGGCUGCGUCCCGGCAGACCCUGCUUUACCCCAGCCCCGCCUCGUCCUUCCCAGGUAGUGCAGGGCAGGGUGAGGGAACAGCAGCACGGAGGAGGCCUCUUCUGGGUAGAACCCUCUGCCCUGCCUUCCCUCACCCCGGCUGAGCUGAUGCCGGCUCCCUCGGGGGGCUGAAGCCAGAGCUUUGUAUUGUUCCUGCUGCACAGGGUGGGAUGGGCAGAGCAGGGACCUGCUGGGCGUUGGGGGCGGCUCGAAGGCGUUUCUGAGCUGCUUGGAAGGUCUCAGAGCAGGGCAGGGUGGGGAUGGCUGUCAGGGGUGAGCAGGAUUGGUGCUGCUUGGCGGCAGCCUUGGCUCUGCCUGUUCAAACUGCUGCUGCUGGCAGCUCCACCCUCGCCGAGAAACCAAAGCUGGGAGCUGCUCAGUUGCCUUAAGGUCCCUGUUGGUCAGCGCUGGGACUCUUGGAGCAGCCUUUGGGCAGGAGCUGGGGAGCUGCAACUGUGUGCUCUGAAGCAAGGCAGCACCCUCCUGCCUGCUGGCCUCAGUGCAGCCUACUGCUCCAGAAGGAGACAACCCCCCAGUUCAUACUGGAAGAUAGUGGUGGCUGCUUGCUGCUUUCUUGCACCCUUUCUCCCCUCUCCAUCAACUUUCUUGAGUGCCUCUUGAGCCCAGCCAGAAGUGCUCCACGGGACAACACCAAGCUCUGCUGCCCUGGCUUGUAGCUGUGUGCCGCGGGUGUGCUGCAGUGCAAUAACCCCAACCCCGCCCUGCUGUCUGCUCCAGACCUAAUUUAUACCCAAAUACACCUCAGAAUUUGU